AAGAGCCGGCGGUGACACGGCCACGGCACAGUGCUCGGAGCACGCGACGGGACAGGACGGGACAGAGCGGUGCCGUGAGGAGCCCCCGCACAGCGCACUCCUUCCUGUCGGACCCGGAGCUUUUCUGAGUUACUCCUACAGCUGACUUUGCAGCCAGACUGCAGGACUGUUUGCCACACAGCUUUCCCAAGGCAUCUCUGUUCAAGGUGCACUCAAGGCCAGACUCUGCCAUGGCGGGCAGAUGUCUCAACCUCUCUAAAGUGUUCAGCAGAAAAAGAAGGAGAGGAUCGAGAGUGGACCCAGCUCAAGAGCCUGAAGAGCCGGAGCAGUUCCAGCCAGUGCAGGAUGGUGCAGCCAUGGACCGCACACAAGAGCAGGACCCCACCCGUGGCCGCUUCCGCAGAACAGCGCAGAUGUUCGGGAAGUUUGCGCCCCUUCGACGUAGAAAGGCCAGGAGCGGAACAGAGGGCACAGCUGAGCCUGACUCCAGGCUGACCGAGCUCCAGGCAGAGCCUAAUGUCAGCCCAGAUUUGCCUCAGUCUUUGAGGCCAGCACAGCGCAGCAGGAAUGGAAGCAGUUCUCGAGGGAAGCUUGGACAGCCCUCCAUGUCUUCGCCAUGCCUCCCCCAGGUGCCAGCCAUGGUGAAAAGCAUUCACCAGAGAGUGACAUCCCAGGGCACUUUAGAUGCCAGGCUGCGCACUGACAUUCUGAGGCUGGCUGGAGAACACCCUGCUGACGUGGUGCUGACCCUCCUGCGCUGUGCCCCAGCGUGUGACAGAGCUGCUGCAAUGAUUUGGAGAGCCAUAGGCACAUCGGGACCAACAGUGGAGAAGGUGCUGCCAACUCUGCUCUGUGUGAUGGAGGACUGGCCUCUACACAGCAUGUUCACCUCGGAUGGGGAUGACACCGAUGUUUUUGUACUGGCUGCAACUCUGGUGCUCUGGGUGAUGGUCCAGCUGCCAAAGGGCCAGAAGGCCAUGAGGAUGCAUGCUUCCGAACCUUUAUUUACGGCUCUGCUCAUGCAAGAUUUCAUCACCUCACAGCCGAUGCCAAAGGAAGUUGAUAAAUUCUGGAGAGGGUGCCAGGAGCAACACCGCCUUCCCAGCAAGCCCAACAGGUUAGCAGUGCAGACCAUGAAGGCUCUGCUGACAACCAGCACUAAGCCGUGGGACGGCUGGCCAGGGAUGGCCGGGCGGAGCUUGAGGGAGGAGAAGGAAGAGCUGCAGGUGCUCAGAGAGGCCCUGAGGAAGAAAGCAGCCCUUCCCAUGCAAGCACAGUAGAUCAACUUGUAUUCAACCAAAGAGCUGCAGAACUACGUUCAAUUGAUGGCCCUGACAAAGCUGUGUCCCUUUAAGACCUCCUGGUGCCACGGAAGAGGAAACCACCUGGAGACCAGAGACCAGCUGGAGCUGCAGGCAGAGCUGAUGAUUGUCACAGCUCUUGUGGCUUCAGCCCCCUCCCUGCCUGCUCUCUCCCUCCAGUAUUCAGACCCUGCCCAUCCCCUUUUUUCCUCCCCAGCUCAUCCCUUUGCUUUGCUUCACAUCAAUAAACAGUUUGGCUUCUUC